AUGAAGGAGAAACACGCCCAGAAGGAAGCGAAGGAAGCCGGCAUGACCGCCGGAAGUACCCGGAUGCUCCUGGCCGAGAUGGACCAAAAGGCCAGCGGUACAACAGGUCCAAACAGUCCUGUAGUGAGCGCUGCCAGUCCUGCCCCGGCAUCGCCCACAACUCCAGUGCCCUAUGCCGGCAAAUUCGACCCGAAAGCCAUAGCAAGAAAUGCCAAAGCAGCACGGCCAUCAUCGCCCACUAGGCUUGGCGAUGUGAAGGUGGCCGCACCUGGAGCAAAUGCCCAAGGUGUCAAGAGCGAGACGACCUCCAAAGGUGCCGGUCUUCUGCCAGCCAACCGGGCGGUCAGUGCUUUCGGAUUCAACAAGUCUGCUGACGCUCAGAAAUCCUCCUCGAAGCGAAACCUCGACAUGGACGACGAGGAAGUCAUCAAGCGCAAGCUCAUCAAGCUCCCCGAUUUCGUUCCGGAGAACGUUGAGAGCACGCCCAUUGCGGACGGCGCUGAAGAUGACGGCGAAGAGGACUUGGAUGUUCUCAUGGCUCGGAACGAGGAAGACAGGGCGGAAGCCCAUCGGCUGCUGCAAGAGAGACGCGACGAGCGGAUUCAAAAGGAGGGCAUGGCCAUGGAUGUGGACACGGAGCCGCCGAACGAGGAAACCAAGGCUGAACCGGCGCCGCCAGCUCCCACCAUGGACGUGGAUGAAGACGUUGAUCCCCUGGAUGCUUUCAUGGCUGACCUCGAGCAUACCGGUUCUGCAGGUGAUGUCGGCUCAACGCCCGCUCGGCAGACGCAGGGCGCGAAGAAGAACUUUGAGCCAGAGGCGUACUUCAGUGAGGAUGACUACGGCUUCGAAGCAGACAAUGCCGAUCCGUCUUCCAUCCUUGCCAUGGCUGCGAAGAAGAAGAAGAAGGACAUUCCGACGGUGGAUUACAGCAAGAUCGAGCUGAACCCGAUUCGGAAGAACUUUUGGGUUGAGCCCCAGGAGCUGAGUCAAAUGACUGAGGAAGAAGCAGCCGAGCUGCGUCUGGAGUUGGACGGCAUCAAGGUCUCUGGCAAGAACGUGCCUAAACCAGUCCAGAAAUGGUCGCAGUGCGGCCUCACCCAGCCCAUCAUCGAUGUCAUUGAGGGACUCGGCUACGAAAAGCCAACUUCGAUUCAGAUGCAGGCCUUACCUGUCAUCAUGUCGGGUCGCGAUGUCAUUGGCGUCGCAAAAACCGGGUCUGGCAAGACUAUGGCCUUCGUUCUUCCCAUGCUCCGUCACAUCAAAGACCAGGACCCCGUGAGCGGCGAUGACGGACCCAUCGCUCUGAUCCUGACACCCACUAGAGAGCUGUGCACGCAGAUCUACACGGACUUGCAGCCGUUUGCCAAAGCGCUGAAGCUUCGCACUGUCGCCGCGUAUGGAGGGAAUGCCAUCAAAGAUCAGAUUGCCGAGCUGAAGCGAGGUGCCGAGAUCAUUGUCGCCACGCCUGGUCGGAUGAUUGAUCUCCUGGCAGCCAACUCUGGCCGCGUCACAAAUCUCAAGCGUGCCACCUACCUGGUCCUGGACGAGGCAGACCGCAUGUUCGACAUGGGCUUUGAACCGCAGGUAAUGAAGAUCUUCAACAACGUCCGGCCGGACCGCCAAACAAUUCUGUUCUCCGCGACCAUGCCCAGGAUCAUCGAUGCGCUUACCAAGAAGGUUCUUCGAGACCCGGUUGAGAUUACUGUCGGCGGUCGUAGCGUCGUGGCACCAGAGAUUACCCAAGUCGUCGAGGUCAUAGACGAGAACAAGAAGUUUGUCCGUCUCCUCGAGCUCCUGGGCGAGCUGUAUGCUGAUGACGACGAUGUCCGCGCCCUGAUCUUUGUCGAGCGGCAAGAAAAAGCAGACGACCUCCUCCGCGAGUUGUUACGUCGCGGCUAUGGCUGCAUGUCUAUUCAUGGUGGUAAGGACCAAGAAGACCGCAAUUCGACCAUCUCGGACUUCAAAAAGGGCGUCUGCCCCAUCAUGAUUGCAACGUCGGUGGCAGCGCGCGGCCUGGAUGUCAAACAGUUGAAGCUGGUCAUCAACUACGAUGCGCCCAACCAUCUCGAGGAUUACGUCCACCGGGCGGGUCGUACUGGCCGCGCUGGCAAUACAGGUACGGCUGUCACUUUCAUCACGGAAGAGCAGGAGAACUGUGCGCCGGGCAUCGCCAAGGCGCUCGAGCAGAGCGGGCAGCCUGUUCCGGAGCGGCUUAACGAAAUGCGCAAGUCGUGGAAGGAAAAGGUCAAGGCCGGGAAGGCCAAGGACGCCAGUGGGUUUGGUGGCAAGGGCUUGGAGAGGCUGGACAAGGAACGGGAGGCGGCGCGCAUGCGCGAGCGCAAGACGCACAAGGCCGAGGGCGAAGACGAGGAUUUCAAGGAGGAGGAGACGGCAGAGGACGCGGCCAAGAAGGACAAGGCCAAGUCGGCCAUCGAGGCAGCUGCGUCGGCCAUCGUCUCUCGGGAUGCCGCCAAGGCGGCGGACGGCGAGAUCAAGGCCGCUGCUCUCGCAGAGGGCGCGGUCAAGGGAGGCGUCGCAGUCAGCGCGGGCAAGGGCGGCGCUCUCGAUAAGGCCGCCUCGGCAAUCAGCGAGAUCAACGCCCGGCUUGCGCGCGCAGGCCAACUUCGGCCCGGGCAGCCGGUCGACAACAAGGGCCCCGACGCGGGCGCGUUCCACGCGACGCUCGAGAUCAACGACUUCCCGCAAAAGGCUCGCUGGGCGGUCACCAACCGCACCAACGUGGCCAAGAUCCUCGAGGCCACGGGCACGUCGAUCACGACCAAGGGCAGUUACUACCCGCCCGGCAAGGAGCCUGGGCCGGGGGCCGACCCCAAGCUAUACAUUCUUAUUGAGGGUGACACGGAGGUGGUGGUCAGCAAGGCGUUGCAGGAACUUACCCGUCUGCUUAGGGAGGGGACGAUUGCUGCUGCGGAUGCCGAGAGCCGGGCGCCGGCGAGUGGAAGGUAUACCAUUACGUGA